UAAAAGGUGGAGCCCCCAGCGCUCCAUAACGCCAAGUGGACACUGUAGAGGGAGUCAUUGUCCACUGCCCGCCGGGCUCCGCUCCGUAAUCGGGGGCACCCUCAGCACUCCGUCCUCCAGAAAUGGAAAUCAAUUGAAAUUCAACAAAAUUUCAGUGAAGGUGACGCAUCUCACAAAAGAGAGCAUUUGUGUUUCUUGGCAUAGGCAAGCCGAUUGUUUACUUCUGUUCAUCCAUCCCCCGUUCGUUUCUUUCUGUGAAACGAUCACCACUGGGUUCAACCCCUAGUAGUAAACCACACGUUCACUCCAGACACAAUGGCCUCUUCCCAGCAGAUGGAAAAGUUCGUCAUCAAGACGCCCUGCUCGAGCGCCAACAUUGGCCCCGGCUUCGACGUCAUCGGCCUGGCCUUGUCCAUGUACCUGGAGCUCCAUGUCACCAUCGACCGCUCCAAGACGACUUCGGACAAGCCGCUGAACUGCCGCAUCACCUACGAGGGCCAGGGCGAGGAGGAUAUCAGCCUGGAUCCCGAGGUCAACCUUAUUACCCGUGUUGCGCUCUAUGUCCUCCGCUGCAACGACCAGCGCAGCUUCCCCGUCGAGACUCAUGUGCACAUCAAGAACCCCAUCCCCCUUGGAAGAGGUCUGGGUUCCUCCGGCGCCGCUGUCGUUGCCGGUGUCCAGCUCGGCAAGGAGGUCGGCGGUCUGCACGACCUCACUCCCGAGCGUCUUUUUGACUACUGCCUCAUGAUUGAGCGCCACCCCGACAACGUCGGCGCCGCCCUCUUCGGUGGCUUUGUCGGCACCUACCUCAAGCCCCUCACCCCCGAGGAGACCGCCCGCACUGAGAUUCCCCUCAGUGAGGUCCUCCCCGCCCCCGCCGGCGGUGUCGACACGGGCGUCAAGCCCCCUUCGCCUCCCCACGGCAUCGGACACCACAUCAAGUUCCCCUGGGCUCCCGAAAUCAAGGCCGUGGCCAUCAUUCCCGAAUUCGAGGUUCCCACCGCCAAGGCCCGCGAGGUUCUUCCCGCCGAGUAUCCCCGUGCGGAUGUUACCUUCAAUCUCCAAAGGAUAGCCCUCCUCCCCGUCGCCCUUGGCCAAUCGCCUCCGGACCCGGAGCUCAUCAACCUGGCCAUGCAGGACAAGCUGCACCAGCCGUACCGCCAGGUUUUGAUUCCCGGUCUGACCAAGAUCGUCGAGUCCAUGACGCCCGCCACGCAGCCCGGUCUUUUGGGCGUGUGCCUGUCCGGUGCCGGCCCGACCAUCUUGGCGCUGGCGACGGAAAACUUUGAGACUAUUGCCCAGAAGAUCAUUGAGGAGUUCAAGUCCAACAACAUUGUCUGCCGCUGGGAGCUGUUGGAGCCUGCGGAUGGGACUACGGUUACUAGGCCUUAGAUGCCCAUAGGAUGGGAUGGGAUGGGGUUGCCUGUGGUUCCCGUGAUAGGGUAAUCAGGUGGUAAGAGAUGGAGGAGAGGCUGGUAAAAGC